AACAUGGUGAGGAAGCUUUUUGAUGUAAAAAAUGAAACGCCUGUUUAUUUUGAUAAUAUUUCGGCAUUGGGAAAGUGUUGGAGUAGAUGAAAAGCGUGGAUUUGCGUGGGUGAAAGGCGGAAAAGCGUAGUUGCGCAGGAAUCGCGCAACAAUUUAUUUAAAAGGUUUUCUGGGAGAGCGUAAAAUAACAAAUGAGACCUCGAUAUCGAACCACUUUCAAGCGAAUGCCGCAUCUCGCAGUUCGUAACAUUUUCGCUAUUAGUUCACCUCUAUUUGUUACCUGUAUGAUACGCGCUACACGUCACGAAAUUGAACAUUUUGAUCGCGAUACCCACGAUUUUUUUAUGAAAAAUGAGGUAAAGUGUUGUGGGGGUGGUGAAUUAUAAAAUAAAUUAUAUAGAGGAUGCGCGGAUUUUGAAUGUAGGUCAGGCAAAAUGUCUUUAAAGAAAGAAUCUCUAUCAGAUGCUCAGCUCCAUCUAGCAGCUCUUAACGGAAACCUACCUCUACUUACCAGGAUCUUGGAUAGUGGAAAGGUCCAUGUAGAUUCCAGAGACAAAGAUGGUACCACUCCUUUGAUACUAGCAGCUGCUAAUGGGCAUUUUGAUUGUAUUAGGGAACUGUUAGAUCAAGGUGCUGAUCCAAACAUCAAAAGAAUUACGGGAACAACACCCUUAUUUUUCGCUGCCCAAGGAGGAUAUCUGGACAUAGUUCAAUUCUUACUGGAAAAUGGAGCUCAAGUACACACCACUAGUCAA